AUGUCAGAACUAAAGAAUAAUUUAGAUUACUUCACGGUUGACAAAAUUAUCACCCUUAGACGGGGAAAAUAUAAAACCGACAUAGAUAAUGCGAUACAAUCUUUAAAAUACGAAAUCGAUAAUAAUGAUAUGGAAAUAUAUGUUAUAAAAUACUCGAAAAAUGUAGAAAGAAAUCGGGAUGGCAAGAUCAAACGACCUUCCAAUUCAAACAUUUUAUAUACAAACACGCUUAAUAAACAUUUAGACCAGGUCGUCGAAAAAAUAUGUGAAGAUCAUCAAGUGAAAAGGUGUAUGAAAAUGCCCCUCGGUAAGAAGUUUAGUAAGAUAAUAUGGGAAGAAUUAAAGGAAGAACAGAAAUAUACCGAUUUUUUUAAAGAAUUGGCUACAAAAAUUAAAGAAGCACACGCUAAAAAAAAUCCGGGUUAUGUUUAUAAACCGAACCGAAAUAAAAAUAAACAUACCAUUAUUAAACAAUAUCGUCCUAAAAAUGACGAUCACUUGCCACGAGAAACGAAAAAUAGCUCGUCGACUGCGCAUUUACACGCUCAAAGCAUUACCAUCGCUCCAAAUGAUUGUGUUGAUAAUCCGCAACAAAUGGAGAGUGCUCAAGCACAAGUCAUGCCUCAAGAAUCGAUGAAUAAAUCUUCGAAAGCGCAUUUACAAUCUCAAAGAUUUAACAUAUCUCCAAAUGAUCAUGAUGAUUCGCAACUAAUGGAGAUUGCUCAAGCACAAGUUAUGACUAAUGAAUCAAUGAAUAACUCUAAUGCGCAUUUACAAUCUCAAAGAUUUAACAUAUCAAAUGAUCAUGUUCGACAAAUGAGUAGUGCUCAAGUACAAAUCAUGUCUCAUAAUUUUUCGAAUACGAAUUUACAAUCUCAAAGUUUUAAUCAUGUGGAUCAUUCUCAACAAAUGAAUGGUGCUCAAGUACAAGUCAUGUCUCAUGAAUCGAUGAAUAACUCUUCGAAUACGCAUUUACAAGCUCAAGGCAAUGAUCAUAUCGGUACCACACAACGUACAUACGUGAAUGGCCAGGGUGUUUAUGAUUCUGAAAAUAUUCUCGAUGAACCAAUCCUUCCGGAAUUUAAUGAAAAAACAAUUCCAAAAGAAUUGUAUGUAAAGCCAUUUUCCAUACAUAAUGAUAUUCUUAUGCAACAAUAUCCUUUCGAUGAUCAUCAAGGAGAAUAUAAUCAUUUAAACGGCAAUGAUUUAUUUAUUCCAAAUUACUCUUAA